AUGCGCGGAGACGACACUGAGCCGGACAUUGACUACGUUCUCGUCAACUUCGAGCCACUUCACAAGCAGCGAUGGUGCACUCGAACCAUGCGUCUCGUGUGUGCAGAGUUUCCUCCUUACACGACGUGUCAGUGGCACCAGCAUCUAAAGUACGGAAUUUACGUGGUGAUGGCACCGCUUAGUGUGAUUGAGCAGCCUUAUGGCCAACAACCUCGGCCAUUAGUCCAGAAAAAAGGUGCUGUCUUCUGUCGUGACCACACCAUUGACAAACUGAUCCACAUCGCGACUACGAAAGAGCUGCCCGCAUUCCUCAUUGAAAUUGAGCUCCUCAAAGAGAAGGUCGACAUCGUGCCGAAUGGGCAGUUUCCGCUACACUCUGGUAAAGGCAUUGAGCUACUCAAAAACGAGCCAGAAUGCCGCGUGUACCGCAUCACAUUGCAAGCUAAGGACCACGCGAGCUGCAAAAUUUCACUUGACUUGCCGACUGAAGCAGUGUUGCUGGCGCUGGACGACUGUGAAGCGCAAGUCGCCACGGCUGUGAAUAACGAGGAAAACGAUACCACAAGCUUAGUUUCACUGAACACUGGGGGCGAUGUGCACCUGAGAUCUGGAAAAUGCACCGUUAAAGUCGUGUCUUCAUCGGUCGAAAAGAUGCAGUUUGUGCUGGCCGAGGUUUACUAA